CUUACCCCUUUCUCUCUCUCUAUCUCUCUCUCUCUCCCUCUAAAAAUAACUCCGUUUGAACCGGUCCAUCUAUAUCACCCAUCACCUUUUUAAUCUCAUCUAUUUAUUACCACCCUCCCCUUUCUCCCCCUUUCUCUCUCUAGGGUUUUGAUUUUGAUUUCUGUAAACAGACCCAGAACCCAAAUCAUCAAUCUUUCUACCAAUCCACCUCUCCCAAGUGUUAUGACUUCCACAUCUGUGAAACCCAAUUUGUUGCCUCCGGGCUUGGUCUCCAAUCUGCAAGAUGUAUUGAGCAAAAGGGCUGGUGGGGAAGGAGAGAAAGCUGCUAAAUCCACUGAGCCCCCUACUUCUGAAGCUGCUACCACUGCGGAGGAGGACCCCAAUGACAGCUCCAAGCCUAUUGUUUUGGUCACCAAUGGCGAUGGGAUUGAGUCCCCUGGCCUCACUUUCCUCGUUGAAGCUCUGGUCCGCCAAGGCCUUUACAAUGUCCAUGUCUGCGCUCCUCAAUUGGACAAAUCAGUGUCAGGUCAUUCUGUGACCCUCCAAGAAACGGUUGCUGUGAGUUCUGCUGAUAUAAAUGGUGCCACAGCAUAUGAAGUUUCAGGGACUCCCGUGGAUUGUGUUUCAUUAGCGUUAUCUGGGGCACUGUUUUCUUGGUCAAAGCCUUUGCUGGUAAUUAGUGGAAUCAACCGGGGAUCAAGCUGUGGUCAUCAUAUAUUGUACUCUGGUGCUGUUGCUGGAGCUAGGGAAGCAUUGAUAAGCGGAGUACCAUCUUUAUCAAUAUCACUAAAUUGGAGGAAGGGUGAAAGUCAAGAAAAUGAUUUCAAAGAUGCUGUUUCUGUAUGUUUACCUUUGAUAAAUGCAGCUAUAAGGGAUAUUGACAAGGGAGUUUUCCCCAAAAGUUGCUUCCUGAAUAUAGAGAUUCCAUCGUCUCCUUUGUCAAAUAAGGGUUUUAAAUUAACCAAGCAAAGCAAGUUGAGAUCUAGUGCUUGCUGGCAAGCUGUUUCAGCUAGUCGUUAUCCUGCUGGACAUUUUAUGAACAGUCAACAAAGCCUUGGUAUUCAGCUUGCACAGCUUGGUCGCGAUGCUUCUGCUGCUGGUGCAGCUCGCCGUGUGACAAAACAGAGGAUGAAUGUGGAGAUUGAAUCAACUGGAGCUGCGGGAAAAUCUGAUUUUGAGCGGGUGAAAAAAUACUUCCGAUUAGAGUUUGUGGAGAAGGAGCAGGAAGAUACGGAUGAGGAUCUGGAUUUCAGAGCACUUGAAAGCGGAUUUGUUUCGGUGACCCCUCUCGCCCUUUCACCAGAUCUUGAAUCAGAAACUCAAACAGCUGCCUCCAACUGGAUCUCUUCUGCACUUCAAGAGCAAUAAGUUUUUCUCAGUCCAAGUGAUUUGUGUACAUCUGGCAUUCCGAUACCUGCGCAGUUCUGAUAUUUAUUACCUAUUUAACAGUUGGUCGAUUUCUGUUGUCCUGCGUUAAUGUUUAAUUUCUGUAGCUUCCACAGCCGUCCACAUUAGUAGUUUCGGCUUGUUACGUCUUGGAGCAAAUGCUUCUUGUAAUCUUAUGGCAUGUUUUUGGAAUGCCAGUUUGUCAUCAUUUUUUUUUCCUUUGCACCAGCUUAAACACUGUAAGUUGUAUUGUAACUGAAUGUGUUUAUAUUUGAUGAUUCCAUUUGAAAACCAGUAAAACGUUCGGUUAAAGAAGCGACAAGUUA